UCAGUAAGAUGCAGGGCUGCGUGGCGGGGAGCCGGGCUCCUCUGGGCCUGCUCUUGGUCUGCCUUCAUCUUUCAGGCCUCUUUGCCCGGAGCAUCGGUGUGGCAGAGGAGAAAGUUCCCCAAGACUUGGGGACCAACUUGCCUCUGCUUGGACAACCUUCCUUGACCGGACCUUCCAACUCCAAACAUCCUCAGCCCAAACCAGACCCUGGGGACAAUGAUUUAGCAAGGCUUCUUCUGAAGCCCCAUGCUUCCCCGUCAGAUGGCUCCCAACCAGCAGGAGGUUCUGCGGUUCAGAGGUGGCCCCCUUCUGGGGGGCUGCCCUCCGUGGGUUCCUGGCCUUCUGAGGAUCCUUGGCAGAUGAUGGCUGCUGCAGCGGAGGACCACGUGGGGGAAGAGCUGCCCGAAGAACUGUCUUUCCUGUCCGGUGCUGUUGCCCGCCCUCUGGGAGGGGGUCCUAUACCUGCAGGGUCAUCUGCAUACUCUGCAGGCCCCUCACCUGAGGCUUCACUCCUCCGCCGGGACCCUCAGUCUAGACAGCCACCCCGUUCUAAUGUGCUGGGAGCUCAGGGAGAGAGCCUUGCCCAACGCCCACCCUGGUCUCUUAUCAACAGGAUUCAACAGCCACUUCGGCCAGGUCACCCCUGGGGGACCCUGAGUCCCAGUGUGUCCUGGGGAGGUGGAGGUCCUGGAACUGGAUGGGGAACAAGGCCCAUGCCACACUCUGUGGGAAUCUGGGGUAUCAAUAAUCGAUACCCAAGUACCAGCUGGGGUAACAUUAAUCGGUAUCCAGGUACCAGCUGGGGGACUAGUAAUGGGUAUCCGGGUACUAGCUGGGGGAAUAUUCAUCUUUGCCCAGGAAUUCAUAAUCAAUUUCCUCCCAGAGUUCUCCAUCCUCCUGGCUCUUCUUGGAACAUGCCAGCUCACUUCCCCAGUCCUCAAAACCCUGGGUCACAGUGGGGUUAA